CUUCAGGGAAGUCGGGGUGCCACCUAAACACAAUAGUCAAACAUUCGGUCUUUUGGCUGUUACCCUGCCACGAAUGGCUACUUCCUUCCUCACUCAACAGACUGAUUGAGCACCUACUAUGUGCUAGGUUGGCCCUGUUCUAGCUCUGGGGACACAGCAAAGAACAAGAAUGUCUGCCUUCAUUGGCAGGAGAUAGACCACAAACAAGUAAACAAACAGGACAAUGCCAGUCUUGAGUAUACCAGAAAGAUAAAAUGGGGUGCUUUAAUAAAGUAACUUGUGGAAGCACAGCUUCUUAAGACGGUAGGUGAGGUGGGGGGAGGCCUCUCUGAUCUGAGAUUUCAGUAAUGAGAAGGGACUGGAGACAGACUUCUAGAAGGAGGAAAAGGCUAGUGCACAAGCUCUGAGGUGGGAAGGAGCUUAGCAUUCAGGAAAUAGUGAAGAGGCAACCCACAGUGUGGCUGCAGCCUGGGGAAGUGGGGGUGAUGAGCUUGCAGAGAUGCAAAGUACCCACCUUUCCCAGCCCCCUGCUGGGCAGCCCAGGCCUUGAGCAGAGGACAGGGUUUGGCUUUCCUCCUGCCUGUGAUGGGAAGCUGGGGGAGCAGGGGAGUGGGGAGUGACGUGAUCUGAUUUACAGUUUGGAAGCAUUGCUCUGGCUGCGGCAAGCUGCGUGGAUUGGAGGGGCUUGGGAGGAAGGAGGGGGAGAGCAGGAGGAGGUGACUGCAGUGGUCCAGGCAAGAGAUGCACCUCGCUGACUGCUCAGAGCUCUCUACCUCCCCAGCCCAGCGUCUGUCUACUCCACCUCCUGGAGAAAGCUUCCCUGACCACCCACUCACCCAUCCUCUUCCCACCCCUCUGCCCCAGCCCCUCACCCAGUGGGACAGUCUUGCUGCUGGUCUGGAGUCCCCAGAGUUGCCUCACCCACAGCCCGGCCUGCAGGAGGCUUCCAGGAAGUACAGCAAAUGAAUCCCAGGGCCCCGCCUCCUGCUGCAAGCACAGCUGCAUGUGUGGUCUUCAUAUGUGUUCCACAGACAGGCCCACACACUCACUUGCAUCUUGGGGCAAGGGCUUGGAGGGCAGGAUAGGAGGUGUGGGGGCAGAAGGUGUCCAAGAGGCUGAGAAUGGUGGGAAAGUCUCCUCUAGCAGGGUGUGUGGGCGAUGGUGGCCACAGAGUAAUAACCUUAGAGAGACCCUGUAGUCUCCCCCUUUCUGCGGAUUGGUCAGGGGGACAAAAGGGAGCAGGGCCAAGCCCCAACAAUUCCCUAAUGGGGUUCCCAGGAAGAGGCUGUCUCCCCAAGGUCCCUUGGAAAGCUGGCUCCAUCCUCUUCCUAACUAACCAUUGGAGCUUUUGGCCUGGGCAGAAGAAAAGAGCAGGGCGGAAGUGAGCUCUGGAAAGUGGGAAGAGGGGGGUGUGUGGGGAGACCCAAGGCGGGAUCCAGGCUUUGGAACGUUGGAGGUUUCCGGCCACAGAGGCAGGGCCUCAGGGGAGCCAAGAGAGGCGGAGAGAGACACACACUGAGGAGCAGAGACUGACGAACAGAGACAGGAAUUGGAAGGAGAGGGACCAGAGAGAAGCUGGAAGAGGCAGGGACUAGGGGGCUGGUGAUCUGCACACAUACUCCAGUUCCCAGACAUCUCCUCCUCAAGACAUCCAUCUGAAGUCUUGGGUGCUGCAAGCCCAGCCUGAUGCAGUCAGCCUGGUUCCUGGGGGCCCUAGUGGUCCCCCAGCUCCUGGGCUUAAGCUCUGGGGCUAGAGGAGCUGAGAGGGAGUGGGAGGGGGGCUGGGGAGGCGCCCAGGAGGAGGAGCAGGAGAGGGAGGCCCUGAUGCUGAAGCAUUUACAGGAGGCCCUGGGGCUGCCCGCUGAGAGGGGGGACGGAAAUCCUGAGGGAACCCUUGAAGACAAAGGGACCUGGGAGACCGAGGAAAACCGUCCAGGAGAGGAGGAGGAGGAGGAAGCAACGCCUACCCUCUCCUUUAGCCCCAGCCCCUCUCCCACCCCUGAGGACCCUGUCACUUAUAUCCUGGGCCGCCUGGCCAGCCUGGACGCAGGCCUGCACCAGCUGCACGUCCGUUUGCACGUGUUGGACACCCGCGUGGUCGAGCUGACCCAGGGGCUGCGGCAGCUGCGGACAGCGGCGGGCGACACCCGCGACGCAGUGCAAGCCCUGCAGGAGGCGCAGAGCCGCGCCGAGCGCGAGCAUGGCCGCUUAGAGGGCUGCUUGAAGGGGCUGCGCCUUGGCCACAAGUGCUUCCUGCUCUCGCGCGAUUUCGAGGCGCAGGCGGCGGCGCAGGCGCGGUGCGUGUCGCGGGGUGGGAGCCUGGCACAGCCUGCCGACCGCCAGCAGAUGGAAGCUCUCACCCGCUACUUGCGCGGGGCGCUGGCUCCCUACAACUGGCCAGUGUGGCUAGGCGUGCACGACCGGCGCGCUGAGGGCCUGUACCUCUUUGAGAACGGACAGCGAGUGACCUUCUUCGCUUGGCACCGUGCGCCCCACCCCGAACCCAGCGUCGCUCCACACCCGCUCAGCCCCAACCAGCCCAACGGCGGCGCACUAGAGAACUGCGUGGCGCAGGCGUCAGACGACGGCUCCUGGUGGGACCACGACUGCGAGCGGCGCCUGUACUACGUCUGCGAGUUUCCCUUCUAGCGGGACCGGUCCCCCGCCUCCUCACUCCAUGCCACCCCCGGCCCGCGAGAAUGCCUUUCCCUCCUUUCCUCCUUCCCUCCCUCCUUGCCUGGCUGGGCGAUUCCGGGGUUUGGGAGGGUGGGCUCCUGAGGGGCCGGGACCCCUUCCUUGCCAGUGUUUUUUCUGGGAGUGACAAGCACCAGGUUAGGUCCGGCGACAAUAAAGCCUUGUGGAACCUGA